AGAGCUCUGUGUCCCCGCUCUGGAGCGGGCCCAGACUAUAUUGACUGGCAGUGAGCGAGCACGGACUCUGAGAGGAAUCCGUGGCUGCGCUGCAGAACCGGAGAGAGAGGAGGCGGACAGCAGGCCGGUUCACCCUCACCAUGACUAGCUGCCGCCAUCACUCGGGAUACUUGGCAGACGACGAGGCCGGCCACACCACCUACGUGGCCCGGCCACCUAAGAAGCCACUGUUCCCAGAAAUGGGGCAAGUCUCCAAGCUGGGCCACAUGCCACACCCACCAUCGAGGUACACCCCCACAGACAGCUCAGGGCUGCGUGGCCACCGACAAAACCCAAGGGACCCUCGGCCCUUUCGUAGCUUCCUGGAUUUCCUUGUCGAAGGCCAGGUGCUGGACAGCCUACAGACAGUGGUGGAGGAGGCCACUGAGCGCAUGAUCACCAUGAAGACAGAGGCUGGAGUGCCACUGGUGGAAGUGCAGGACCCUAUAGAGGUGCCGAGGGGUAGGCGGCAGGUACGUGCCCGGCCUAGCCUCAGUACCGUGCACCGGCACCGUGUCAGGCCCAGCCUCUGCACUGGACAACCCAACAACUACCCAUCCUGCUCCAGCUCCAUGUCUGAAUCCCAUAGCAGCCUCACAGCUGGCUGGCUGGGCUCCCACAGUCAGGAUAGUGACCUGGGCGCCCGUGGCAUGGGCUCACUGCCACCCAUGAGGGACAAACUUUUGCUGGAGAAGAACCUCAAACGGCUGCUGAAGCUGGAGAACAGAGGGAAAGGCCUGGGUCAGACCUGCUUCCGGAGGGAUUCCCUGCUGUGGGACUCUCUGGGCAGCCAGGCCAGCAGCCAGUGGACCCAGGAGCCGCCUCUGUCCUGGUUCUCAGGCCUGCUGGGCUCAAGCUCAGGCACACCUCAAACAUCGGAGCUGGGCCUUGGAGAACAGGAACUGGUCUUCCUCAAGGAAGAGUUUAAUAAGGAGAUCAAGUCCUUGUUGAGCCAGCCAGCGUCCUUUGACCUGCCUGGCUACUGUUCAUUCCGUGAGCCUCAUCGGACCCUGGACUUUCUGGCUGAGCACCACCUCUUCCCCGCCCUGCAGAAGGUGGUCAGCCAAGCUGUGGACAAGCUCAGUGGCGCCCGCCGCCAUGAUGGCUGCCCUCUAUUUCCAUCAGAAUGGGAACCCACAACAAAGCCCAAUUCUGACUCCGUGGACCCAGGCUCCAAGCCAGCCACACCCACUGACAAGGAGGAGCCCUAUGAUACGCUACCCACCAGAGCCUUCAGCCCCAAGAUGGUUCGCAGAAAGAGCACCAAGGACAAAGGACGGGCCAAGUUCAAGGAAGGUGGUUCCCCCAUGUCUAGUGCCCAAGUGGCCACCAGAUUCAGGCUCGAGGUGACACCCACAGAAGAACCCAAAGUCCCCUCACCCCGCCCCAGACAGGAGGCUCCUGACCAGGACCAGACACCACCCAUACAUGCUUCAGGGCCCCUGAGCUUCAGCCAGAAGGCCCAGCCCUGGCGGAGCCUGCACCUCACCCUGCCUGCCCCUGGGAUCGUGGUUGAAGGGCCCUCCAGACAGAUCCAGCCCACCACUCAGGGUGCAGUUCCUCUCACCUCCCCCUGCCCUCGCUUCUCCCACCACCUCCCGAUGUUCUCACCACUUACCUCCUCGGUAAGAAACUUCUCCCCAUCUCCUGCUUCACUGUAUCCAGAGGUGACCUCAAGGGUGGGACUAGGGGGCUUAAGGAAGGGUUCCUUCAGCAACCACCCUUAGCCGCCAUCACAAGUAUCUUGCCCUGCACUGUGGAAACAACCUAAGCAGGGGACAAACUGAGGGGUAACAGAAAUCCGGGCCUGGUUGCUGUCAGGUAUUGUUGAAGAUGAAUAAAGCCAAGUUUUUAUUCUGGGUCUUUUUGUAACAGUUGCAUGUGAAUCUCAGAGGCCUUUCUAUGUGGGGAAGGUCCUGUCCCUUGUGGACAGCAGCCUAAGCCCAGAGUGGGCCCUACAUCCUAGGCCCAGCUCCCUGUGCUCCCAGUAACCUAGAACAGGACAGGACCCUCCAAUGUAUCUGCUGCGGGGGAGUUGCUCAGGAGACAUAGGUGACUUCACCCUGGUAGACUUCCAGCACAGCCCCUGACCUUCAUCUCACCCAUCAAGCCCCAGGCAGGCUUCCCUCCUCUGAACCUUGGCCUGGGGGAGAAUCUAUCAGAGCCAAAGUUAUCCAUGCUCCAGUUUGGGUGACACUGUGACCGACAUAACCAGCCUUGCCCCAGGCCUGACCGGUUUGGCUGGGUGUGAGGACAGUGUGGUAAGUGUGAGGUGUCACCCACAUGUAGGACCAGUGCUCAGCUGCUGACUGAGACAGCACAGCAGAUAUGGCAAGGCUGUAACCCUAGUGCAACGAGCGUGGCAUCUGUGUGGGCGAUGCGGAUGGAGUGUGUGAGGGUAUGAGGGACAUCCCAGGGCAUCAGGAAUGGCAUGACGUGUCUCCUUUUCCCUCUCUGGCUA